CAACUAUUUGAAGUAAUGAUUACACACAAACUGGGUAAACUGGUUUUACCCACAAUUCCUUGCGGGCACAUUGUUGUUAUUUUGAAUAAUGACGUAGCCAGAAAAGGACUGUGCAGAAGUAGACCAGACAGAGCAAAGAUGUCUGUUGUUGGUGCUGUGUUCGUUGCGUUGAGCUUGGCACCCCUGCUAGUGCUUAGUGUUCCUCCCAUUGGGACACAGCCUGAGCAGGUGCACAUUUCCUAUGCAGGGUUCCCUGGCUCUAUGGAGAUCACCUGGACUACAUUCAAUGAGACGGAGGAGAGCACCGUAGAGUACGGCCUGUGGGGCGGACGGCUGUUUGAGCUGACAGCCAAGGGCAAAGCUACUCUGUUUGUGGAUGGAGGAUCAGAGGGGAGGAAGAUGUACAUCCACAGGGUCACUCUCACUGAUCUGAGAACUGCCUCUGCUUAUGUGUACCACUGUGGCAGUGAGGCUGGCUGGAGUGAUGUGUUCUCCUUUACUGCUCUGAAUGAGAGCACUAGCUGGAGUCCCAAGUUUGCCAUCUAUGGGGACAUGGGCAAUGAGAACCCUCAGUCUCUGGCCAGACUGCAAAAGGAGACCCAGGUCGGGAUGUAUGAUGUCAUCCUACACGUUGGGGACUUUGCAUAUGACAUGCAUGAGGACAAUGGUAGGAUUGGAGACGAGUUCAUGCGUCAGAUCCAGUCCAUAGCUGCCUACGUGCCCUAUAUGACCUGUCCUGGGAACCACGAGGCUGAAUACAACUUCUCCAACUACAGGAACCGCUUCAGCAUGCCAGGACAGACUGAGGGUUUAUGGUACAGCUGGAAUGUAGGAUCAGCCCAUAUCAUUUCUCUCUCCACUGAGAUUUACUUCUUUCUUGAUUAUGGUGUGGACCUCAUCUUCAAGCAGUACGAGUGGCUUAAAAAUGACCUUGAGGAGGCCAACAAGCCAGAGAACCGAGCAGAGCGCCCCUGGAUCAUCACUAUGGGACACAGACCCAUGUACUGCUCUAACAACGACAAAGACGACUGCACCCAGUUUGAGAGCUAUGUCCGCCUCGGACGGAAUGACACAAAACCGCCAGCGCCAGGUCUGGAGGAUCUAUUGUAUCUAUACGGAGUGGACCUGGAGCUGUGGGCCCAUGAACACACAUAUGAGAGGUUGUGGCCUGUCUAUGGCUACAAGGUCUUCAAUGGGAGCAUCGAACAGCCUUAUGUAAACCCCAAAGCCCCAGUACAUAUCAUCACAGGCUCUGCUGGCUGCCGUGAGAAUCAUGAUCCGUUCGUCCCUAAUCCGAGGGACUGGAGUGCCUUCCGCAGUACAGAUUAUGGAUUUACCCGCAUGCAGGUGCACAACACCACCCACCUGUACCUGGAGCAGGUCUCCGAUGACCAGUAUGGUAAGGUGAUCGACAGCGUCUGGGUGGUGAAGGAAAAACACGGUUUCUCAGCCUGGUUCUGAAGACCCCAAGAACCCCAGCCAAUCAAAUCAACAUCUCUUCUCAGGAAAUGCACUUUGAAACCUAAUCAUGGUGAACUGCACUGUUGACUGCUAUCAAACCAAUCAUAGGAAAAUUAUUAUUUUCCAAAUAAUGGAAAUCUUUGCAAACAGGCCCAUCCGUGGAGGACCAUUAGGAAUUAGACACACGUUUCAGAUUGGGAGGAAAAGCGAAUCUUCAGAUUUCAAACUGUCUGCUCAUAUUUAUGCUGUCUACUGUUGGUUAUUCAAGAAUCAAGAUGAAAUCAGUGAAUUAGCUGAGCACAGUGGGAGAGGCCCAAACUGAGGUGACAGUUAUUUUAUACAGUAGAUCACAAUCAUAACUCUGUACAUCUUAGUUUCAUUCAAAUGGACACAUUGUGGUUAGUUUCCCCUGAAAAAUGGUUGUAAGGGGCUUACAUUUUAUAACAGUCUACUCAUAUUGCUACCUAGAUUUGUAUGUACUGUAUCUGUUAAAUGUUUAACAUAAAAAAUGUAUAUUGUUAGUGAGAAAGGAACAAACAAACUGUUGUUUAAAGCACCAAUAGAAAAAUACUAUGAUUCAAUCGUCUUAUUUUACUGUCUUGUUAUUAAGAAUGGUACUGUAAAACAAGGCAUCGGACUUUUAACUAUAUCAAUAAAUCCUGUCUUUCCAAGUGUAUUUGAGUUUCUCCAGAAGCAGCAGGCACCCGGCAGGCCAUCUCAAACAAACAAUGGGCUCCUUUAACUCAACCUGCCCUGAGUCCUCACAGGCACACUAAGGGAUAGUACCACCAGGCCAUAUCCUAUCUGCUGCACCAGGCACGUUUUCCACUGGCCAAGACCUGGAAAUAUGUUUAAAAGAUCAAGUCUCUCAUCAUUCCAUCAAGAUGACUGAUCCUUACUUGGCGAGUCUAAAACGCUGCAGCCUCAGUUGACUUGUCCAACACAACAACAGUCAGGAGCUGCAUGCUGACUGGUAUGGUUACUGGCAGCCCACCAGCCCAACUCAAUGUGUGUUUGAGCUAACAGACUCCAGCUGUUAAAAUGCAGUACAUGACAAAAUAGGUACUGUACCGUAACCCGUACAUAACCAUUCUGCCAAGUGAAUAAAUAAAAAUAAAGUCCCUGUAAAUUGAAAAGGUUUUACAACUCGUCACCUGGACCAACAGCCAAAUGUUAAAAAAAGGAAGCAAUUAACAUCACAGUAUGGGGCUUUAAAGGUAGCUACACAGGAAGUUGAAGUUACACAUUGCACACAUGCAGUGGCUACACGUAGGAGGUUGUUAAUUUACUGAGCCCAACAGUAGCUCAGAGUUCGAGGUCGCCUGAGGCCUGGGUCAUCGAACAGUACGUGCCCAUUUCCUAGCCUAGUGCGCAUGCCUCCUGUUAAUUGCCAGUUUUACUACCUUACAUUAUCUGUCUUUGGUUGCAACACUCACUACCGAGUUCCAUACUGCCUCUGGAAGCACUGUUUGUCGGGAGCUUCAUGAAAUGGGCUGAUAGGGCCGAGCAGCACACAAUCCUAAGAUCGCCAAGCGUUGGCUGGAGUGGUGUGAAACUCGCCGCCAUUGGACUCUGGAGCAGUCGAAACGUGUUCUCUGGAUUGAUGAAUCACUCUUCACUAUCUGGCAGUUCAAUGAACGAAUCUGGAUUUGGUGGAUGCCAGGAGAAUGCCUCCUGUCCCAAUGCAUAAAGUUUGGUGGAGGAGGAAUAAUGGUCUGGGAAUAUUUUUCAUGGUUCGGGCUAGGCCCCUUAGUUCCAGAGAAGGGAAAUCUUAACGUUACAGCAUACAAUGACAUUCUAGAUGAUUCUGUGCUUCCAACUUUGUGCCAAAAGUUUGGGGAAGGCCCUUUCCUGUUUCAACAUGACAAUGCCCCCUUGCACAAGGCAAAGUUCAUACAGAAAUGGUUUGUCAAGAUCGCUGUGGAAGAAUUUGACUGGCCUGCACAGAACCCCGACCUCAACCCCAUCGAACACCUUUGGGACGAAUUGGAACACUGACUGCGAGCCAGGCCUAAUCGCCCAACGUCAGUGCCUGACCUCACUAAUGCUCGUGGCUGAAUGGAAGCAAGUCCCCGCUGCAAUGUGGAACGCCUUCCCAGAAGAGUGGAGGCUGUUAUAACAAUAGGGGGUAAAAACUCCAUAUUAAUGAAUGUUUGACGAGCAGGUGUCCACAUACUUUUGGUCAUGUAGCGUAUUUCAGUCAUAGUAGGUACAUUUUACCUCAAUAAAGUAGCUAUUAGCUAUAAGUCAGUGCUAGUAAGUAAAGAAAAGAAGAAGUGUGCAUGUUAGUUUACCAUAGGCAAGGACGUUAAAAAAAUAUAUUGGGGGGGUGCUGUGGGAUUAUUUAAGAUACUCUGAAGAUAAAAGGCCACUAUGCCACUGUGUUCCUGUCCUUUGACCCUUUAUCCAGUAUAUUGCGGAGACACUGUUGUGUGUGCUGAGGUGCACAAGGUACAAUUUGUCGGGUGGAGGGAGACUGGUUGACUUGCUGUAAAUGUAUAUCUUGAGACAUUGUGUUUGUUUACUAUGAUUGAUGACCACCAUUUAUAAUCCUAGAAAGCUCUGAUGUUUUCCCUCUCAAUCAUCUAACUGUAAUGUAUAUUACAUGAGAGGACAAUACAUAGAUCUCAUUUCAGCAGAGGGGGCUGCUUUGUAUGCAUAAAGUUCAUGCUGUUAAUGAGUGUAUCACAUGGUAUUCACGUUUGUCUGUUGUUGACUUCAUGUGUUUUUGUGAAAAAUGUAUCCCUUUCUAGGAAAAGAAAAAAAUAAAAUAAAAAGAGAAAAUAAUAGGUCA